CUGUGUUUGUGUAUUUUCUCCAGUGUAGCGAGUUGCUAUAUUGAGUGUCAAAAAUCAGCGACAUGAGUCGACGAUGCGCUUGGAUAAUUAUACGGUGCAGAGAUGUAUAUCUAUAAUUUGUUGGUGUAAAAAUUAGUCAAACAUACUUUCGAAACUGCUAACAUGUCGAGUGAUGCACAAAAUCCCUCGCAAUUCGAUGAUACUAUUUCAACUGAAGAUGAUAUUUUGGGCUCAUCAGUCAGCAUUAGUAUCAGAGAUAAUUCAGUACAUGUCAAAGAAAAACUUAAAACCAAGCUUGAAAAAGAGGCAGAGCCACCGCCUCAACAUUCACCUCAGAAAAAAGAUCAAUGGUGGUUGAGAAAACCCAAAACUGAACAAGAACCAAAUGAACAGAAGAAUGAGUCAAACAAAGAACCAGAUACUCCACUUUUACAACUUGAAGAUACCUCAUCCGUACAAGAGUUCAUUAAAAAGGAAAACAUGUGCAAAAAAGAUGAGGUAGAGGCAGCUAAAAAAGAUGAUACUUUGCAAGAUGUACUAGCCUCUAUCGCUUUUGACAAAUAUCAAUCUGAUGCUGGAAAUGCGACAGAUGAAGAUAUUGGAAGUAUAAUUGAAGAAAUGAAUAAAAUAGCUGGAAUGACAAGUCCAAUUGCAGAUCCAGUAAAAACAGCUAAAACGAUAGAUGAAAUAAUGUCUAUUGAAGAAGAAUCUGUCAAAGAGUUAUUGGAAGAAGCAGAAAAAUUAGUGCAGCAGAAUGGCAAUAACAAAUUAAAGGAUAUAUUUAUGUCUGAAACCAAAGUUCCUGAUGCAAACGAUACUUCCUCAGAAGAUUUGAAAAAAGUUAGACAGUUAGAGGUAAAUAUUUUCAAAAUGAUAGAAGAUCAAGUGAAGGAGAACAGUGAUCAAACGGAUAAAAAGAGUUCUAGUCCUUCCAUUGAAGAAGUAUUUGAUACCACCAGUUCCGCACAAAAAAUAGAUACUCAGAAGAAAAAAUUGGAGGAGCGAAAAACAGAAGUAACAAGUUCUGAUCACGAUGAUUUUAUAGAGCGACAUUCCGAAUCAGAAAAAAGAGAAAAAGAGAGGCAAGUUGAAAAAGAAAAAAAGGAGAGUCUCAAAGAGGAAAUAACCGACGUGGACAAAGAUUUCUUUCAAGCACUCAUUGAAAAAACCAAAGAAAGUGCCGAGCAAUUGUCGUCGCGCAGCUCGAGUCUCGAUCAAGAGGAUUUCACUCAUUUUCUGAAACUCUUGCAAGAACAGAGCCAUAAAGAAGCUGAGACGAUAUCGAAAACUAGCUCGCUAACGCUUCUAGAUCAAUUCGAUCCUUUGAAAGAGAAGACCGUCCAAAAUAAAUUAACGACCGAGCCAAAGAAGACACGUGACGCAGCUACCAAUUCACCGAUGCGCCAGUCCAUGUCCCUUGGCACUCUCAGAUUGGAUAAUUUGCCGGAGGAGAGCCCGAGGCACGAAUCCAGCAGAUCCUCCAGCGGCAGAUCGUCCCGGAAAAACAGCAAGUGCGUGGAGACGAAAAAAAUUAUCAACGACAAGAACGAGCUGUACACGGUCGGUCUCACGCCACGAUUGGAGCUGUUCGCCGACGACAUUCCUAAGCUCUUGGCGGAAAAAUCGACGAAGAAAGAAGCCGAGGACAAGAAGACAACGCCGAAAGCCGAGGAGAGCGAGGACUUUAGCUUUAAAAAUUUCAAAGCCCUCGACGUCAUCAAGCAGAUGGGCGUUUUGGGCGAUCACCAAAACGUGACGAACGUGCACGACCUCAUAGAUCUGAGCACCAGCCAGUACCUGGACUCGCAGGACUUUGCCUGUCUCCAGGAGAGCUUGAAAGAGUCGAAAAAGUCGACGACAACGACGACGACAACGACGACAACGAGCGGAGAGCACGGAAAGACGGUGCGAGUGAUGAGCGCCACCGAAGAGAGAAUGCUCAAUCAAACGUACAUCAACAAGUCCAGGAGUUACGAUCAGUUUUCCAAGGCGACCGGCGCGGCGCCGCGCAGCACCUCGAUGGAGAACAUGAGGUCGAUCAACAACAAGCCGACGAUCGAGAUGAAGAAGAGCACGAUACCGGCCCCGGCCGCGGUGCUGCCGAAGAAGCAGCCACCCGUCGUGCCUAGACUGAAGAUGCAGCAGUUGCAUCAGAAACCGACGAGCGGCAAACUGGCGCCCAAGACGAAAUUCCCGUCGAGACAGCAGCGGAAGGACCCGAUUCUGGCCUAUCGCAACGACAUACCUCUGGACGUUCGAGGCAGCCAGAUUCGGGCGCAGGACGACGUGGCUCGGAGAAAUUCACUGGGCGGUGGUGACUGGCUCGGUGGUGCGCUCCCGGGCGCCGAGUCGCUCGAGCAGCUCUACCAGGAGGAGCGCCAGCGAUUCCGCUACCUCAAGAGCGAGCUCGAGGCCGAGAUCGAGACGCACAAGGCCAAGCUCAAGGACGCCCAGCAGAUGCACGAGCAGGAGAUGUUCCUGCUCAAGAAGCAGAACAUCAUACUCAAGGCCAAGGUCGAGGAGAUGAAUCAGGUGAUGCGCAAGACGGCCGACGCCAAGGCCAAGUACGACCCCAAGCUCAUGGCCAUGCAGAAGGAGCUCGAGCGCCAGGACAACGUGAUACACGCGUACGAGAAGGAGAACAAGCGGCUGAUCGAGGAGGCCAAGCGACUGCAGGCCGAGCUCAAGGCCGCCGCGCAGAAGCCCAAGAUCAUCUCGAUCGAGGGCUUCGGCAACGACGAGCUCUCGGAGAAGCUCAAGGACCUGCAGGAGGAGAACGUGAAGCUGAGCCUGGAGCUGGCCGAGCUCAGGACCAAGUACGGCGACUUCGUGCUCAACAACGAGGACGUGGUGCAGCAGAACUCGCUGCUCCAGGAGGAGCUGGACAUGAUCAAGGACCAGCUGCGCGCCAAGAACGACUUCAUCACCGACCGGCUGCAGGCCAUGACGAAUCACGAGCACGACCUGAGGAAGCAGCUGGAGGACCUGAAGGUCGAGCUGAACAUCAAGACCGAGCAGCUGAAGAACGUGCGCGCCGAGUUCGAGCGCUUCCAGGAGAGCGCCGACCCGCUGGAGAAGGAGAUCCUCGAGCUGAGAACCAAGUGUACUUAUUACCAGGAGAAGCUGCAGAGCGCCAAGAACAACUGCGAGCGCGAGAAGCAGCUCACGCAGAAGCUCAAGGACCAGGUGAUACUCGACAACAAGAACAUCAUGGACCUGAAUCGGCAGGUGCGCGAGAUGGAGCGCAUACUCAAGCGCAAGAAUCCGGACUCGGUGUCGGCCCUCAUACUCACGGCCAACGCCGAGCACGAGAAGCUCGGCGGCGAGAAGGUCCGGCUGCUCGAGGACAGAAUAGCCUUCCUCGAGUCGGAGAUCAAGGCGCGCGAGGAGACGGCCGAGGCGAAGCUAGGCGAGAUCCAGCGCUCGUUCAGCGACAUGAAGAACAGAUACUCGCAUCAGGUGUCGGAGCUCGAGUCGAGGCUGCAAAAAGCCACGACGGCGGCGACAACGCCUACCGAGCCGAAGAAACCGACGUACGAGAACGCGAGCACUCAGACUUUGCAGCGACUGAUCGAGCACAGGAACUCGGAGCCGAAUCUCGCCGAGAGGAGGGACGUCAACCGAGCCGGACCCAAGUCGCAGAACAUCAAGGAGGACACUCACCUGCUCGCGACGAUUCGCGGCCUCAAGCUCGAGCUCGCCCAAAAGGAGAAGGCUAUGACGAAACUGUCCAAGGACCAUCAGGAACUGCAGAAGACCAAUCGCAAGCUGCAGAAGGAGCGCGAGAAACUGCUCAACGACAAGCGCAACGCCGAGGCUAAGAGCACCAACAACAAGGUCAUGACGUCGUCGGACUCGAAGUUGCCGAGCUCCAAGACGACCAUCCACGCCGACGCCAACGAUAACAAUUCCAAUUUCUAUCAAAACGGCGGCACCGGCGAGAAGAAGAUGUCCUCGUCGCUGCACAAGCUCUGCGAGGCCACGGACAACAACGGUGGCCCGCACGGCGACGUGGUCAGAUUCAAAAAGUUGCUCAGCGAAAACGAGGUGCUCAAGGACGAGCUGUGCCGGCUGAACAAGGACUUCAUCGCGUUGAAGAACAAGAGGCUGCAAGAUCUCAAUCUGCUGCAGGAGGAGCACGAGAAGGAGAUAGCGAUGAUUGUCAAGGAGUACAGCAUCAAGUCCGAUGAGAAUUCCAGAUCUCUCAAGUUGCAGGCGCAAGUGAAUUCGCAAAUUUCCAUGAUACAGCACAUGAAGCAACAAAUCGACAAGUUGCAGGAUUACAAGGAGCAGUGCAUUAUACUCAAAGCUGAGAGAGAUCACCUAGAAGGCAAAAAUCGAGUACUCAAUGACAAGAUUAAAUAUCUCUCCACACCGAGCACGCAGCAACUGCAACUACUCCAGGAAAAGAUCUCGAUACUCCAGCAGCGUCACGAGACGCGCGAGAUGAGCCUGCAAAAGCUCGUGCGCGAUCUGCUGCGCUCGCGCAAUCAAGAUAACGCCUGCAAGCCUCAUCAGAUGAAUCACAGCGAUAAAGGCCAGUCGCAGCAGCUCUGCCAGUUCCGCCAAGAGCUCGAUCACAUUCUCAGUAAGCUUCAAGAUCUCACGUCGCCCUGAUUUUCUUUCCUGUCGUCAACGCGUUGAAUUUAUACAUAUUAUAUAUUUAUUGUACUGCGCAAAUCUCUUUAUAAUGUCUCGCAGAGGUGAUUUCGUGGUUAUUAUUAGCACUUAUACGAGAGUUUCAGUAUUUUUAUCUUGUAAUGAUGCGCCCAUGACAUUACUUAGCAUAAGUGUAGCGACUGAUUAAUCAAUUAAUUAUUUUUUUAAGCUUUAUUUGUAAAUAUUCUUCAUUUUUUACGGUAGACAUAAGAUUGUAUUAUGUUUAGAACACUGAAUGUGAUUUUGCAGCAGUGAAUAAUUCCAUUCUGCCUUGCGUACAAAUUUAAAAUUAAUUUUUUUUAACCACGAUUUCACUGUACGAUGAUUUUGUACAUUUGAUUUGAAUAGAUUGUUGCAUUGUGAUAAUGUUAAGAAAAAAAGUAAUUCUUGGUCAAUGCAUUUUCGGAGAAACGCGGCGCGUUUUCCCGACAACUUUAUUGUACGUGUAAAAAAUUAUUUAGAGCAGUUUUUGUAGAAAAAAGUCAUUGUAUAUAGUGCGCCAUCGAUUGUCAUACAAUAUAUUCUUGUACAGGGAGUUUAUUAUCUAUGGUAAAGUCAAAAAAACUCCGUUUCAAUUUAUCUUUAUUUUUUCGAAAUGAACUUGAAGUUUAUACUGUCUUUUUGAAAGUACUCAACAAUCACAAUAACUGAAAAAAAACAGAUAUGGAAUCACAGAUAAACAUCUGAUUUUCCAUUUUCUAAUUUCUGUAACUAAUACAGAUAAUGAUAAUUUCAUACGAUUUUUGCCAAACAGAAUGAUUCUUCCAUUUCACAAUCAUAUUACGAUAAUUUUAAGUCUAUUAUAUGAAGUAAAUUGAUUUUUUAAUUACUUUAUCAUUCCAAAAGACGUAUAAAAUUAAAUGUAACUGCUUCUCAUUCGUGCUCGGAACACUGCCGAUUCUAGUGUAACAAGUUUACAUAAUGUGGACGAAAUCUCCGUAGCCAAUUCGAAAGUGUAUUAAUUUUUCAAUGUAGAUCAUUACAAAUCAAAUAAUUUUGCAUUCAUAUAGUACUUAUAUCUUUAAAAGAAAUUAGCAUAAUAUUACAAAGAGAAUAAAAUAGAGAGUAUAAAAUAAAAAUGAUAGAAAGAUUGUUUGCUGUUUAUUGAAAUUCAUAGUGACUUAAACGUAAGUUAAGCUAAAUGUACCAUUAUUUACACGUUUUAAAAAGUUUUUGCACAAAAUUCAAUGGAAUUUUACGUUACAUCGAAGCGAGUUCAAAUUGUACACACACAUGUCACGGAGUCGUGAAGAAAUUUUAAUAAAAUACCGUAAUUAAAUUAUUUA